CCGUUGCUCAGUGGUCAGUGCGCUAUGGCGUCGGUCGGGGAGCAAAUGUAUAAUUAUGUCUAUUUUGUUUCAUUGUUGUCUAAAAUUUAUAAAUACCCAAAGGAAGAGCAAUAAACAAAGAAAGGAGCAAAGUUAAAGCAAUAGAAAUGGCUGACAACAACAAUGGUGCGUCUGCUCAAACUCCUACCAUUCCUGAUCUCCUCACUCCUUACAAGAUGGGGAAGUUCAAUCUUUCUCACAGAAUCGUACUGGCUCCAUUGACAAGGCAGAGAUCUUACAACAAUGUUCCUCAGCAACAUGCCAUCUUGUAUUACUCUCAGAGGUCUACCAAAGGGGGUUUCUUAAUAACUGAGGCCACCGGAGUUUCUGACACUGCUCAAGGGUAUCCUGAUACACCUGGGAUAUGGACAAAAGAGCAAGUUGAAGCUUGGAAACCAAUUGUGGAUGCUGUUCACCGCAAAGGUGGAACAUUCUUUUGUCAGAUAUGGCAUGUAGGGAGGGUUUCAAAUUCAGGUUUUCAACCAAAUGGACAAGCCCCAAUCUCAUCAUCAGACAAGCCGUUGUUCCCGCAAGUUAGAUCCAACGGAAUUGAUGUUGCACAGUUUACCCCUCCGAGACGUUUAAGGACAGAUGAAAUCCCUCAAAUUGUCAAUGAUUUUAGGCUUGCGGCUAGAAAUGCCAUUGAAGCUGGUUUUGAUGGAGUUGAAAUCCAUGGAGCUCAUGGCUACCUUAUUGAACAGUUUAUGAAAGAUCAAGUGAAUGACCGAACAGAUCAAUAUGGAGGGUCUCUUGAAAACCGUUGCAGAUUUGCAUUAGAGGUAGUUGAAGCUGUUGUAAAUGAGAUAGGUGGAGACAGAGUGGGGAUAAGACUAUCGCCGUUUGCGGAUUUCAUGGAGGCUGGAGAUUCGAAUCCAAAAGCUUUGGGAGUUUACAUGGCGGAAAGUUUGAACAAAUAUGGAAUUCUGUACUGCCACAUGGUGGAGCCUCGGAUGAGAAAUGUUUUGGAGAAAGUACAGUGUCCUCACAGCCUGCUACCAAUGAGAAAGGCGUUCAAUGGUACAUUCAUAGCUGCUGGGGGGUAUGAUAAGGAAGAUGGAAACAAAACCAUUGCUGAGAAUCGAGCCGAUCUUAUUGCCUACGGACGUUGGUUUUUGGCAAAUCCAGACUUGCCAAAGAGAUUCGAGAUAAAUGCUCCUCUCAACCAGUACCAUAGAGAUACUUUUUACUUAUCAGAUCCAGUUGUUGGUUACACGGACUAUCCGUUUCUGGAAGAGUAACAAUUCUCAUUUGGAGUUCCUUCCAUUUAACUUUUUGAAAUAAAUAGUUGGUCUCUAUUUAUUUUGAUGAUUAUGUUUCCAUUUCUUAUGUAUAACGUAAUGUGCGUGGAUUAUAUGAAGUCUCCUACUUCCUCUCGUAAUUUGUUUUGUUCCACUUGGUUGAAUGGUAUAAUAUAUGCAUGAAGUCAAUGACCAAAUAAUUUAAACCAUAAA